AUGAAUAAUACACUCAUCAGGUUGACACAACCAGACAAUGGUGGCAACAGCCAGUCAAAUAGACCAGACAAAACUAACAGUUCAGUAUCAUCACAACAACAGAGCUCAACGGAAACAGCUGAUCUCCAUUUAAUAGAUACAGUGAAGCAUGUUACACAAGAUACAGGUAACUAUCCUUCAACUACACCUUUGAUGUUAGUUGCAGCAGUGUCAGUGUUCAAGUCAUCUGUAAAGAAAUAUUCAUCUCUUGACUACACAAAGCUUAAAGGCAUUUGCGAUGUUCAAGGUUUUUCAAACCCCUAUGCUGAAAAUGAUGAUGAACCAGUCUUACAAUUAACAGAGGGAGGCCAUAUUUCAAUAAAAUGUCAAGCAUGUCAUACAAUAUUUUCUGAUAUCUCAGAAUGGUUACUUGCUUUCAAAUUAUAUAUGGAUGCUGUGUUAAUAAUUUAUGAGAACAGAGAACAAAAACUCAACAACUACAGGGAUCAUAUUAAUGAGCUUUGUCUAAAACAGAAUUUUUAUACAGUUAUGUCAUACAAUAAAGAUUAUAGAAUAACUCUAGUUACAAAUCAGGAUACAACUCUUAGUGAUUAUAACACAGAAGUAGAAGGCAGAAACUUUGAUAUAACCACAAUUAAGAGGCAAAGAUAUAACACAUACUGA